AGCAGAACCCUCGGCAUAAGGGAAGGUACGGCGUAGCGGAGACUGGUUACCGGUAUUGGUAAAGAAAGAAUUUUGAUUAAAAAAAUCCCACAAGUGUGCGAAUAUGGGCUCCCUGGAAUCCAAGAAUAAGAACGCUGACACUGCCGUCAGUAAGGAGGCAGAACAACAGGAAAAUGGCCACGUGAAAACCAACGGGGAUGCCCCUCCAAAGCAGAACGGAGAUUCUACUCCAACGAAUGGCUCCGCGGAGCCUGUCCCAGAAGCAGAGGGGUCUGCGGAGGCCAUCGAAUCGGCCCCUCCGGCUAAUGGUGAGGCUAAAGAAGAGGAACCCCCAGGAAAGCAAACCAAGAAGAAGAUGGUGUUCUCAUUCAAGAAGCAAUUCAAGCUUCCUUUCCGUAAUAACAAGACCAAGAAGGAGGCUUCAGAAGAGCCCCCUGCUGGAGAGGAGGCAGGGUCUCCUAAAGAAGAGGAAGCUGCCCCCGCUGAAGAGAUAAAGGAUGAGUCUGUGGAGGCAGAGUCUGCCCCCAACCAGGAGAGCCCCAAACCUGAAGCAGAAGUGCCAUCUAAUGAUGAUGAUGAUGCCCAACCCGAGCCAGCUGUGGAGAUUGCAGAAGAGACACCCAAACCCGCGGAGUCUGAGCCCAGCACAGAACAGCCCGAUGAGCCUCCAAAGGAGGAGUAGCGGAAACGUGUCCCACAACAAAGACUUUGUGCAUUGAGCCGCCCAUUUACCUCUGUCCCUUCACUCACUACAAUCCCGGGGUUCUGUAUCUACCCUGUAGUGGGUGUGUACAGACCUGUAUUAUGUGCCAAACGUUGCCUUCCUGCCCCUCUGUUGAACCCCUUCACUAGAGUUGUCCUUCUGAUGUGAAGCCAGAAGCUCAUAUGCUGUCCUCCUAGUGCAGACCCAUUGAACUGCAUGGUACAGACUGCACUUCUCCAUCCCUAUUUUAACUGAAACUUUUUUUUCUCUAAAGGGAGAUCUCCUAGCUGGGUGGGUGAGAGGAGGUUACUGCACAUGAGAAUCUGCUUUUAAAAUCCUGCUGGACUCCUGACUUCUGUUCUAGCGGAGCUUUGCCCCUUCGAAGUGGCUCCUAAACUCUGCUGUUCAGAGGCAAACUUCCCUUGUGUGUGCAUUGUUUCCCCUGAUUUGGCAUGUAUGAUCAGCUUUUGUGAUGCUGCACCAGGAGGGGUGGGUUUGCCCUGGUCUGGUGCUUGCUGUUGUGAAUUGAGAGAAUUGGUUUAUUUUUGUAAAUACAUUUUCCCUCUGUUAUGUGUUUUUUGUCACUUUCCCCAAGUCUUUCUGGUUGUUCCAUUGUAAUGUUUUAAAAAUAAAUUAACCUCUUUAUACCAA